CUAUUCACUUCGCAACACUACAAAAUUCACCGCACUGAAACUCCCAUCUCCAAUCCCGAAGACGGUAGGUCGAUGCCCAACGCAACUCCAUGGAGUCACGAACAGGACAUCCGCCUCUGCAGAGCCUACACCAACAUUUCAGAGGAUGGUUGCGUCAGCACCGAUCAGGACGCGACACAUUUUUGGGACCGAAUUCAUCAGACGUACACUCAGCUAGGAGAAGAAAGCGCAACUACAAGAAAAAUAGGGGCUCUGCAAAGCCGAUGGGCCGGGCUUAGUAGACCUGAUGUUGCCCUUUAUGCCUCCUGCGUGGCCGUGGUACAUGCCAUAGUCUCAUUGUAUACAAAUUAAUGUGCACUGGCGCUUCACACGUAUUGCAUCUACAGGUUCGAAUUGAAGCACACAGUGGCUGGACAGACAAAGAAUAUUCGGACGAAGCUGCCAAUCGCUUUACAGCAAAGCGAGAGCAGUUAAAUGCUAACGCAUUACGUGAACAUGAGAACGCUGUGAAGUCUGGUCGUGCCAAAAGCAAGAGAAAGCCGCGCCUUCGGGCUGAAGCUGUUCGUCUGCACCAUUGUUACGAUUUUCUAAAAGGAAACGCUCGCUUUAUGCGCGACAUUCCACGCCCCCGUAAACGAACUCGCCUAGAGAAUGAAGCAGUGGUGCACGAGCAGGGUGCUGAAGGUGCACUAUGGUUUAUCAUUUUAGUUUUUGUCACUAUAUAUUUAUUUAUUUAUUUAUCUUACGUGUAGAUGUGAAUACCUCUAGUGACACUGCGGAGUUUGACUCACUCACUGGUGAUGACGAUCCUGCUCUUCCUGCUGAUGUCUUUCAGCCUCCUACUGGUAGUCAGUCUUUUGCACGUCCUGCGUCCGCAGGGAAAAAGAAAGCGAAGCAACUUCACUUAGAAGGACAAGUCGACAAAGCUAUAAUGUACUCGCAACGUGGAUUGGCCGCAGCAACUACAGCACAAGUGGAAAUCCUAAAAGAGCAGCUCCAGAUAGCAAAAGGAAAGGUGGAGCUGGUGGAAAAUCAACAGAGGUCGUUGAAAGAACAAGCUGAAAUGUCAAUGAUGUGCGCAACGACAGAAGGGCUCUCAGAAUUUGGCAAAGAGUAUCUCUUACUGAAGCAAAAACAAGUAUUAGAGCAGAUGAAGAAACAAACGCUGACGGAAGAAUAAAACAAGGUGAAUAUAUUUUUCUCUUUAGUAUCUAGA